AUGUCUCAUCCUGCAAAGAAGCCUCGUAAGCACCACAUGAUGGUGGCCCAAGCAAACAAGCAACUGAAAAUUCGCUACGAUGCGUACCUGGACCGACUGCUGAACGCGACUUGCCCAGAGGAUGACGAGGAAGAUGACGUGAGUUCCCCCGUUGUGGUUUGUGAGUCGAUUUCGAAAGACGCUUUCCGAAAGUGGGAAGAAAAACACGGAGGCGACCUUGGACGUUGGGAGUACGUUCCGUUGGAUGCCAACUUUGGUCGCAUCGAAAUUGACAGUUUGACGUCUGCUGUACACGCAGAAGCAGCGGGG